GCUCUUUAGCACCUGCCAGGCCGACGGGGCCAGCAAGUGCCGACGGGUCUUGACGCCAGCCAUCCGUGCCGACGGGUCUUGACCCCCCACAGCAGCGACACUUGCGAAAACUCAGUCGGGCGUAGUGCAUUACGUAAAUUAAGUAAUGCUCGUCGAGGUGCAGGCGAGAAGGCGGGAGCAAGGUCACUCACGGCGCGCGUCCGGACGCCCGGAACUUCUCAAAACCUGUGCAGCCCGUCAUGCCUGCAACAAACUGCCUCCCGACCGACAAGGCAGCUUAUAUGGUCAAAUCGCAGGCCAGCAGCAAGCGUCUCUACGAAGCAAGAAACUGGCGGUAGGCGUACGGCUAAUGCCGCGCCACUAGCACCGCCGCGCUGCUUUAAAAGCGCGGACGCCGCCAUUCUUCGCAGGCUCCUAACAAGUGGCAAGACGCCGCCCCAGCUUUCCAAAUCACCACACUGUCUUCUGUCUUCACACGAUGCCGCAAGUACGGUAUGGCCACCCUGCGACCGCUCUAUGCGACCGCCUACCGCAACUACACCGCCGCGCCCUGCCGGCGCCCUAGGUUAUACGAAUCAUUCUACCGCUAUGCCGGUGGCCUCGAUGACCCCACGCCCCGGCUGGUCCAGCCGGCUCUGCGCCGGGCCCAUGAGGUCAUGGACCUCGCGGCCCUAGAGGCGGCCCUGGAAUGGCGCGCCAUUCCAGGCUGUCGGCGCGUCCGGCGCGCUGACGGCCUGGCAUGGCGCGGCGGCUACCAGGGCCUCCAGGGCCGCGAGGUCCAUGACCUCAUGGGCCCGGCGCAGAGUCGGCGGCACCAGGCGGUGCGUGGGUUGUCUAGUCCAUCCUCGUAGCGGUAAAAGGAGUCAUACACUGUGGGGGACCGGCAGGGCGCGGCGUGGUUGCGGGCGGUCGCAUAACAUGGCCGCAGGGUGGCCAUACCUGGCAGUGAAGUGUGCCGACUGCCUAGGGGAGACAAUGUGGUGUGGUGGAAAGCUGGGGCGGCGUCUUGCCACUUGUUAGGAGCCUGCAGCAAAUGUAGGCGUCUGCGCCCUUAAAGCAGCAUGCGCGGCACUGCUAGCGGCGUGGCAUUAGCCGUACGCCUACUCUGCUACGUAUCCCCAUGGCGGCUGAGCACACUUUCCCCUUCCCCAUUGCCGUGACAGCCGCAUACACGCAUUGAUAUGCUUGAAAGAACGCAACACGCACAAGCGAACAUGACGUUGUAGAGCCGAGCUAGCACAAGCAAAAAGAAAAGCGUGAGCAUGAGCAGCGACCGCAACUGCUACGUUACCUUUGACGAGAUAACCGCGCGCCAAGCUGCGCCACUCCGGCGUCCUAAAGCUCUCAGCUGGUGUAUACGGCUGUCAGAGGCUGGGCUGGCGUAGCAGACUACCCAGCGAAGGCUGCGAUGCGAUGUUAUAACGCGAACCCCAAGAGACCCACCUGGAACACAGCCAGGCAUCCGCGGUGAGCCAGUAGUAGUACGUACAUGCGAGGACAAGAGGAAAGAGAACGGCAGAAAGGAGGGUGCGGCAUGGCGGUUGUCAAAACGUUGAGGCCGGCGCAGAAAACAAACCAGGGUGGCUGCCUAGCUGCGGCCGGGCUGACGCGAAGGCUGACUGGCUGCUGUAUAUGGUGAGCUGAGACUGGUAUGAGAGGCUGGUGCCGGCCAGGCGAGUUGGGCAUGAGGCGCCGCUGCAUGGGGACAUGACGCGCUGUAGGCCAUGGGGUAACUGACGGGUGCGGACCGUAGUACGGUUCCCCACACCCGCAUGCCCGGGGCGUGUAGACCCCCCGCGCUAAGAGGCAUUGGGGCGUCUCCCCACCUCUUGCAUACUUUGUGACGCAAGCUUAUGCAACGAUGUUGGGCUUGGAGCAAGCCAAGCAAGGUGUCGUGUGCCAUGCGAGUUGUGAGAGCAGGUGUUGACACGAGAUUGAGCUGGGAGCGCUGGGAGCCCGCUAGAACAGCCCGGACAGUGCGGGCACCGGUGAAUCAAAGUUGCUGGGAGGGUCGAUCUAGACCCAGGGUCUGGAAUAUUGAACUAGAUCAUAGAGCGUUCGGUACAACAGCUUGUACGGCGGAAUGGGGCUAGGACUGGAGUACUUGAGCCGUUGUUUCAGUCAUCGCACGGUGCACGACAGAAGUAACAUCGCUCUCUAGUCAUCUGACAAAGUGCCGAGCGAGUGGACGGACAUUCCCACUCUGUGCACAGCUGUAAUCCCCACGGUUG